AUGGACGCUAUCAGAAAGCAAGCCACCAGGCUUCGCGAACAGGUCGCUAGGCAACAACAGGCUGUCCUCAAGCAGUUUGGAGCUGGAGGAUACGGAGGUUCAGAUAAUUUAGUUACCGAUGAGGCAGAACUCCUGCAGCAUCAGAAACUUGAGAGGCUUUACAUAUCAACACGUGCUGGCAAGCAUUAUCAAAGGGAUAUUGUUCGUGGUGUGGAGGGAUAUAUUGUCACUGGGUCCAAACAAGUUGAAAUAGGAACAAAGUUGUCAGAAGAUAGCAGGAAAUAUGGUGCUGAAAAUACAUGUACUAGUGGUAGUACAUUAUCAAGAGCUUCAUUAAGCUAUGGGCGAGCUCGUGCUCAAAUGGAGAAGGAGCGGGGGAAUCUAUUGAAAGCUCUUGGCACACAGGUGGCAGAGCCAUUAAGAGCGAUGGUAAUGGGGGCUCCAUUGGAGGAUGCUCGGCAUCUUGCUCAACGUUAUGAUAGAAUGCGACAAGAAGCUGAAGCUCAGGCUAUUGAAGUUUCCAAACGCCAAGUAAAAGUGAGGGAAACACCAGGAAAUGCAGAGAGUGUUAUGAAACUGGAAGCUGCAGAGUCAAAGCUGCAAGAUCUGAAGUCAAAUAUGGGAAUAUUAGGGAAGGAAGCUGCUGCAGCAAUGGCAGCUGUUGAAGCUCAACAACAGAGGUUGACUCUCCAGCGCCUCAUUGCUAUGGUUGAGGCAGAACGUACUUAUCAUCAGAGGAUCCUUCAGAUACUCGAUCAACUUGAAGGAGAGAUGGUAUCAGAACGACAACGAAUUGAAGCGCCUCCUAGCCCUACUGUUGAUAACACCAUGCCUCCACCCCCACCUUAUGAAGAAGUUAAUGGCAUAUAUGCUUCUCAAACACAUAAUGGAUCGUCAGACAUCAUGAAUUACUUCUUAGGGGAGGUUAUGUUUACAUAUCAAGCGGUAUCUGACGUGGAGCUCAGUUUGUCAGUUGGAGACUAUGUAGUUGUGCGAAAGGUGACAAACAAUGGUUGGGCAGAAGGUGAAUGCAAAGGCAGGGCAGGCUGGUUCCCAUUUGGAUACAUUGAAAGAAGGGAACGAGUACUUGCAAGCAAGGUGGCAGAAGUGUUCUAA